UGUUUCAGUUUUAUUUUAAUCCGUGUGUUUCAGUUUGAGAUUUGGCGCCCUGCAGGAAUAACACUACGUCAGAAUAGGAUUAGGAACUGUGGGCUGGCCCAGGAACCGCGGAUCUCCUCCAGCUCUGAUUCAGUCGGAUCGCAGCUGCAGUUGUUGCUCUGUCGGCGCCGAGGACGGACCGAUAUGGGCGCAUCCCUCAUCGCCUCCGGACGAAGCUGAAUGUGAGCGCAGAUGGGGAAUAAAAUCCUCCGCAGAUAGGAUUUUGGUUUCGUUUUCGGGGCGAGGAAUCCACGGAUGCGAGGAUGCGGUGAAGCUGUGGCUGCAGCUGCAAAUCGAGCGACCAGAAGGAAGAAGUUCUGCUGAAUAGCGAGCCCAGAUGAGGCAGAUGUUCGUCUGCUGAGUGGAUCGGGAGGACAGAGCAGAAGAGUCCAGAGGAUAUGGUCCCUGGGGCCCCCAGCACCACGACCACCACCACCACCACCAUGCUCCCCGCCUCCGAGGCUGCCAAAAUCUACCAGACCAACUACGUGCGCAACUCCCGCGCCAUCGGCGUCCUGUGGGCCAUCUUCACCAUCCUCUUCGCCAUCGUCAACGUGGUGUGUUUCAUCCAGCCCUACUGGAUCGGGGACGGCAUGGACACCCCGCAGGUGGGCUACUUCGGUCUGUUCCACUACUGCAUCGGGAACGGGCUGUCCCGGGACCUGGUGUGUCAGGGCAGCUUCACGGAGUUCCACAGCAUCCCGUCCGGCGCCUUCAAGGCUGCCUCCGUCUUCAUCGGCAUGUCCAUGGUGCUGGUGCUCACCUGCAUCGGCUGCUUCGCGCUCUUCUUCUUCUGCAGCACCGGCACCGUGUACAAGAUCUGCGGCUGGAUGCAGCUGGCUGCAGGUACCAGCCUGGUUCUGGGCUGCAUGAUCUACCCCGACGGCUGGGACAGCGACGAGGUGAAGCGGAUGUGCGGCGAGCAGACAGACAAAUACACGCUGGGCGCCUGCUCGGUGCGCUGGGCCUACAUCCUGGCCAUCAUGGGCAUCCUGGACGCGCUCAUCCUCUCCUUCCUGGCGUUCGUCCUCGGCAACCGGCAGGAUAAUCUGAUGUCCGAAGAUCUGCUGGGAGAAAAAACUGGAAAUAAUGUCAUAUAACACCAGGAAACGGCGAAGAAUUCACACACAUGGGUCUUACAGUUGGGAUGUGGCAUUACUGCAGCGUCCAGCGUCAAUCUCCUGGCUCAGUGGCUGGAUGCAGAGCUGGGAAGCUGCAAAUUAAAGCAACAAAAGAAGAAGAAAUGCCCUGAAAGCGGCCAUACAACCCAACACUGGGAUCAACGCCCCAUUUCUCUGUAAAAUUGUUUUUAUACUCACCUGAAACUGACAUUUUUUUCCAGGAUGAGAGUUUGUUGCCAUCUUACCUGAGCUGUUUUUCCAGAAAUGGAAAAAGAAAGUCUGCUUUUUGGUUUAUCUUGGGGCAGAAAAAAAGACAAAACAACCACUAAAACCAAACAAACUCUGAUGGACAAAGUAAAAAAAAAACAAAAAAAAAAAAACAGCCUUGACGUUUCUUACCAAGUCAA